CCACUGUUAUCUAAAACAAUUAUGAUUGUGAUAAAUGGGCGACUACUUAAACCGGGAAAUACAAUAUACUUGGCAUUCAAAAUGAAGACUCUUCUAAUAAUACUCCUUUUCGUCAGCACAACCAAACUAUCCCUGAGUGCGAUAGGUGCAACUGUGCAAUAUUACUACUGGAGAGACUACACUGGAAUAGUUCCGAAUGACGCAAUCGCCGGUGGGGUGGAUUCCCAUGGGAGAACUACAUACGUUGCACAGAUCAGCGUUCCGGCAAUUCAAGAUCCAACUCGUCUUAGAGUUGAAGCAAUACCUGCAGUAUUACAAGCAGAGAAGAUGUCGGUGUAUGCGCCUUACAAUGGCAACGUCAUUUCCACUAACGCAAGCAGUACUUCGGUGAAGGUUUUGUGUGCCCCGAACUCUAUACACUUUAUAUGGCAUACGCCAUCUACAACUCUACCACAUGACCAUAGUUACGUUAUAGUCGGAUACGAAUCCUUGUCACCUGUGUUUCUUGGUCGUGCGCAAAUAAAUAAUGAAACUAUAACUGGCAAAUUAAAUGCGAACAAUGGAUAUCGAGUACUUGAAGUGGCACACAAUGGUUCUUCAGUUUACAUGGAAACGUAUACAAUACUAACGUAUACUGGUUAGGACAACAAAUACAAAAUUCCUGUAAAAACUACACUAAUAAAUUGGAAAUAGAGAUGGAUUGGGCGUUUAGCCACUCAAAGAUGGUAAUUAAUAAAUAUUUCAAAAAGAGA